AUGAGCCAGGCAAAUCGCCAAAACACGGGAGUAUAUCUGCCGCCGCCCACGACGCAGUCUCAAGCCGUCCGUUUCGCGAUGCGACCUUUCCAGUUGCGUCGUUCGUCUUCCAGGCCGACGCUGAUCGAUCUACCGCCGACCUUCUACCUCUAUUCUUCACUUACCGCCUCCAUCGUGCAGGAGCUGGGCUCGACCUUGGGAGAGAUGGUGGGCUGUGUACAGUGCUUGACGCCGUGCGUGACAUGCGACCAGCACCCCGAAGGCGGCCGCCUACACUGCCUCGACUGCAGCCACGUCGUUGAGACCAAAUACCACGAGGAGUGCGGCAGUAGCUGCAUUGGCAGUCCCUCGCGGCAGAGGCUUGAUGGAGCAGACAAGCCGCUCCCCCCGUUGCCAUGUACCACGUGUGCAUACGCCAGCAUCAACUGGGACACGAUCGACUUCACCGACAUCGUCCGCGAACCAACCCCCCCGAGAGACUGUACCGAGCAAUCCCUCCUUGGCAGAAUAACAGAAGUCAAGGCUCGGUUGGUGCGCAGCCGGGCGGCAUUCGAAGCGAGACUGAAGGGGGGCCGAGUGUGCGAGAUGGUCAUCCUGCCCGACGAUCCCAUGGACUGGGGCGAGAGGCUGAAGGAUACACACAUAGGGACUGUCGUUCCAAUGAGAAUUCAAGAACUCGUUCCGCGCCUCAUUCAGUCGUCGCGACCGCCUCCACAGCCCGAGCUUCCAACUUGGUUCGAUACGUCAGCCAACGCCAUCCCAGUACGACGAGAAAGCAUGCUUAACCGUGGACUCAUAAGCCGAGAGCCGGCUUUGAACAUCUGGAGAGGAGCAACACCGAGGCUUGCCAAUGUGGAGCAACACGCCGAGAUCGUUGAGUUUGAAGGCGACACAGAGGUUGAGCAAGCCGCCGAGACCGUCGAGCUUGAAGACGAUGCAGAGAGUAGGAAAGAACCUCUUCUUUAUGAGACUUCGGGUCCUGAAGUGAUGAGAAAGAGUACUGGGGAGGUGACUCAGUCUGCAAGCGGUACAUCUAAACUUGACGGGGGCGAUGAUGCGCUUGGCCACCGACAGCAGGAGAAAGACCAAGCAGCUGAGCCUGCUUGCGAGGUAGAGGCAACAUCAGAGACAACAAAAAUAAUCCGUUUCGAUGCAGACAUGGAUAUGUUCGAGCUCAAACUGCCCUCGGAACCAAGGAACGUUGAAGCAACGGUGCACGGCGAACCCUCCCAAGGCCAACCAGCCUAUCACAUCCAAGCGGGCAACGAGGAACAACACGACAACCAACGCACCGCUCUCGAAGAGGAUUUCGAGUCGCUCAAACGCAAAUGGCAAGAAAUUUCGGCGUGCGCUGUGCAUCCCCAGCCAUCUUCCAGUGCUGCGCAAUGCCCGUCUCAAAAGGACAAGGCGCCGCAACCAUCGGACCUGCCCGGGGAUGCCGGCACCAGAGGGGGCGAAGACAUGCCACACUGUGCAUUUUAUGGAGAGGGCACCGAGAUGGCAGUAUUGCAGGAAGUGAUGCAAGCUGGCCAUACCGCCGUGAAAGACGCCCGCUCUCUGCGGACAGAAACAGCUUCGAGAGCUUCUGAAUCCGAUGGCCAUACAUCAAUCACUGUAUCGCUCAAAAGGACUCCUCGCGUACGGAAGAAAAAGAACUCACCAUGCACUGCCUCUGAAGCGUUGCGAACUGCUGGUGAUGUCCUCGGGGAUAACAGUGCUGAGGCUCUUUUGUCCAUUUCCCCUAGUUUUGAACUGACUCUUACGGAUUCCCCGCGGAGUAGUCAGGUGCAUUCGAGCGGUCCCAUACAUCCGCAGGGGACGCAGCACGAAGCCCGCUGCAGCGUUCCUCGCUCCAGGAAGACCGUUCCACCGCAACCUAGGACACAAACCUUAGGUGACGGCCAUCCGCCAGCAAAUCCGGAACCUUUGAACCAGGAGGAAACAUUCACACCGGGAAAGGUAAGGCGUUUCUUCAAGCGCGUCUUUGGCUUCCUUCCCAAGCUUUGCUGUUUCAGUCCUCCGCUCUACGCAUAG